GUUAAAUUUCAAUCUUCAAAUCCCAGCGUGGCUCAUCUUAGCGUGGCUCAUCUUCUGCCCAAUCAUGUGGCACUCGCUCUGCCAUGUGGGGGUACCCAGUACACCACGUCACCACAGCGUUCACUUUCCCCAAACUCCACAUGACGACUCUACAAUGUUACGGCGUACAUCUCCAGCUGUCACUUUUAUGAACUGCGCUCCACACAAUCAUGGCACCUGAUAGAGGGAACGGUGACCUCAAAGGUCUGCGAUUGAAGUCUGAGCCGAGUCCGCCUACUCCUCCCGCGAAUCGGGAGCCAGCCAGUGCUGAAGUUCCAAGCGGAACCCCGUUGUGGACAAGAACACCAGUUCCAGCACGCAUAAAUCCCGCCCCAUGACGCCGGACUCGAGCGACAUCGAGGAGCUUACGGGCAAUGGAACGAGCACACCCGCGAGCACUGCGGCCGCGGUCGCCACGUCCGCACGAACCGCCAUCACCGUCCCGUGCGCGUCGCCGAAGUUUCCCACGGACGGGUACUGCGGCUUCGCGCUAUACAUGGUGUCGUCGUCCACGGUGUUCCUAAUGUACCUGCUCUGGGCGUUACUUCCGUCGCAAUUCCUGCACCGACUGGACAUCUACUACUACCCAACUGAUGAUCGCGGUGGUGAACUCGUCGGGAAAGAUUGUGCUGCAAUGGGGGAUCGGGCAGACCGUACUGAGAGACACUCCACAAGGAAUAGGCUCGUAAUUGGGGCGGUGAUAUCGGGGAAAGUUGUGGGCUGGAAGAGGUUCUGGAGUGAAGGGACGGAUGCAGCCAUGGAUGCACCCAUUGGUGCUGUUUGCGAGAUCUUAUACAGCUCAAAUGGUGAAGCCGAAAGCUAA